CCUUUAAACCACGUGGGUCUGAAUGAACUGUUUACCCCUGAACCUCCCUUCCUGCAGCUACUGACAGCUGCUGUGACAUCAUGGUGCUGCUCUCUGAUUGGCUGUUGACAUAAACUUUAUCAGGAAGAGGAGGAAGUCCAGAAGAGACGCUGAGAGUUGAAGGAGGCUGCAGGACCGAACAGACAGCUGGACACAGAAACCAACCUGAAGAUCCAGAUUCUCAGCAAGGAAGGGUCCAGCUGCUGCCAGAAAGCCAGGAAGUACUCAGCAGUCCUUCAGUAGCUGGAUCCACUCUGCACAAACAGAAAAAGUUUUGGCAAAGAAAAACCAUUAAAUGAGAAGCUGCUGUUUCCUGUAUAUCCGGAGCCAUGGGGAAUGCCCACACCAUCUUCAACAAGACGCCCUACACCUGGUACUACCGCACCAAGUUCAGGGACGACAGCGACAACAGGCUGCCAGGCCACAGCUCCGGCGAGUACCUGAAUGCACUGAUACCCUUCGACGAGGUCGUGUUGAAGUAUGGAAACCACAGCGACUGGGACCUCAAAUGUGCAGGAGGCGGAGCUUCAUACGACCUGAGAGAGACUGAUGACCGGCAAAAGUUUGAGCUGGUCAACAAUUUGUCUGGCAUCAUCGUCGACAGCUGCCCCAACUUUGCUCGACUGGAAGAGGAGCAGCGAGAGAAGGAGCGACGGGAAAAGGAGGAGGAAGAGAGAAAGAAACGUCAGGAGGAGGAGAGGAGGAGGAGAGAGGAGGAGGAAAAGAGGAGGAAAGAGGAGGAGGAGAGGAGGAGGAGGAGAGAGGAGGAGGAAAGGAGGAGGAGGAGAGAGGAGGAAGAAAGGAGGUGGAGAGAAGAGGAGGAAAGAAGGAGGAGGAGGGAGGAGGAGGAGAGGAGGCGACAGGCCCAGCUGGAGCGAGAGAGGAGGAUCCAGCAGCAGAUCAAUGAGGAGAACCAGGCCUCCCGCCAUAACCUGACCCAGGCUUAUCUGGACCUGCAGGAGGAGCAGAACCUCACAACUCGGAGGUUCCACCAGGAGCAGACGAUGGUCCUGCACCAGCUGGUGGAAGAUCACACUGCUGAGAUCCACCGGGACGAGUCCGCUGAUGUUGCUGAGAAAUUUGAAGAGCUUUUGGAUAAGUACCAAAUCACCGAGGCUGAAAAUGAAGAGAGUGACCUGGAAGACAGGAUAAAGACACUCCAAAAUGAGCUCACGCAGAAAUAUUUCCAAGAGCACCAGAUCCCUGUUUGGUCACUGCUCGCUUUGGACCAGGCAACCGGAUAUAUAGAUCUGUCUCUGACAGAGAGGCUCAGCAUCCUGGAGGCAGUGGUGAAGGUAACCAUGGAACGCAGUGACAGUUUUGAAGACGUCCAAGACAAGAAGCUUGACUUCCUCCUCAGUUUGCAAGAACAGCUACAUGUUGAGAAUCCGACACUGGCCCAACAGGUUCUGAGAAAUGUUCUGAACGUGACUCCACAGCUGCCCUCAGCAGCAAAGGAGAUCCUCAGUCACAUCCUCUUCAAUAAGAUCUGGACAUCAAAGGAAAUCAAGCUUUUCAUUGGGAGGGCCCUGAGCCACAAUCAGAAGACAGUGACAGAGAUCCUUCACAGAGUUUGCACCUACAGCCUAAACUGCAUCAUGGCCCUCACUGCUCUGAAUGAGAGACACCCGCUGGACUACAUCCAGGACUGUGUGUCCCAUGAGCUGGACAAAGACAUAGAUACUGUCCUGAAUGAAAUGCAGGACAAAAACUACCCAGAUGAUCUUCUGUGGCUGCUGGGAGAUGUGUUGAGGUAUAUUGAAAAAGAAUUGCAAAUACAACAGAGUGUGGACAUUAAUACGGCGAUGAUUCGUGAAUGUAAAAGAAAGAUUAUGUCACUUGAUCUGUCAGCGCCUGACAUUGAUGUUCUGAAGAGAGUGCUGGUUGUGUUGUCCAUCGCUGUGAAAACGUGCACUACGGAAACCAGUUGGAUGGGCGGAAGAGUUGAAGGCUACUUCCCGAGACUCUCUCAGCUGGCAGCGUUACUGCUGCUGCUGCUGCCACAGCUCGAAGAAAGACGAGGCUGUCUUUUGGAAAUCGGCACCGGGGAGGGCAAGACGUGCAUCUUAGCCAUGUUUGCCACCAUCCAGGCUACCCGAGGUGCAAAGGUGGACAUCUUGACAAGCUCCCCUCUGCUUGCAAUCCGUGAUCAAGAAGAAUGGAGUAAAUUAUUUGAUAUGUUUGGUGUGACAUCAUCCAUCGUGCCUCCACUAAACAUAUAUAACUGCUCUGCUGAGCGUCAGGAGGAGCUGAUUAAGGAUGCGUACAGCAAACAGGUGGUUUAUGGAAAUGUCGGAACAUUCGCAGCAGAUGCACUAAGGCAGGAGUUUGAGAAGAAAACUACUCGAGGCUCCAGGAAGUUUGACUGUGUGAUUGUGGACGAGGUGGACUACAUGACGCUGGACAGUGGAGUCCAAGUGACGUUUCUGUCGCACCAAGCUAGCGGCUUGAGACACGUUGAGCAGGUCCUGGCCAGUAUCUGGGCCCUGAUGUCUGCCUGCCGGCCAAUAGAGCUGUUUGAGACGGGGGAGAUCUGGUGGGGAACCAGGAUCCAGCUCUUUCACAAGAUCGCACUGCAGGCUGUGAUUGGCUCUGAGUCUGAGGACUUUUCAGCCAGUGACAUCCUGGUGAUGGGUGUUGAGAAAAAGUUUUACUCUCAGCGGGACCUAGACGCAUUCAACGAAGCAGAGAGUCAGACAGACACUGACGGCUGUGAGGAGACCAAGCGGGAAGCCAUCGAGAAAAUCAUGGCCAAUGUUGGACCUGAAGAGCAGUACCAGCUGCUGAGCGAACUCAAAAUGAUGACAGGAAACAGUGUGAAUGCAGAUUAUUACAUACUGGAGAACAACCUGGCCAGACUAUAUGGGGAGGAGUCUCAUGAAGACUCAAACGUCAGCAUUCUUCUGCUGCAGAAAGGCCAAGCCUGUGAAAUCAUGUCCGAGGACUUGUUAAUUGAAGUGACGGUUGACAAACUAAAGUCCAGAAUUAAAUACUCCCAUGACUGUGACCUGGACUCCUUGGAGGAAUCUAAAGGAUUCAUUGUGAUCCCAUCUUUCUUGAAGAAAUAUAUCGAGAAUCAGUUGCCAGUUUUUGCUGAGAACGCCUUGAAAGCCAUCCGGAUGACACGAGGAAGAGAGUACAUGAUCGACAAAGCUCCUGAAGCUGACAGAGUGGACUCCAAUGAUGCAGAUAGUCACAAGUAUGAUGCCGUAAUUCCUGUGGACUUCCAGGCCAGUGGAGUUCUGGAGAAAAACCGGCGCUGGGGUGAUGGCCUGCAACAGUUCCUGGAGAUGAAGCACCAGCUAGCGAUUUCAUCACUGUCCAACGUGACAAAUUACAUGUCAAAUGUCCAUUUCUUCAAGAGGUACCUGAGGGGGAAAGGUAUCUUCGGCGUCUCUGGAACAUUAGGGGGCGAGGCUGAGAAAACGUUUCUGGAACGACAUUACAAAACAGCAUGCUAUGUGAUUCCUUCUCACCGCCAGAAAAAGUUGGUGGAGUUGCCAGCAGUGCAGGUGAGUGGAGAAAGGUGGAUCCAGGUGAUCUGUGAAUCUGCAUGGAGAGCUGCCGACAGGGGGCAGGUGGUGCUGAUCAUCUGUGAGGAUGUCAAGACCGCAGACAAGCUGAAGGCAACAAUGCAUGGUAAACGAACCAAUAACAUCACCAUGUACACUAUCAGCGAGAAGCACAAUAUCGAGAAACAGAACUUCGGCCCCGGAAAUAUCAUCAUCGCCACAAACCUUGGCGGCCGUGGGACAGACAUCCACGUCCAGCACCAGGUGAAUGAGUGCGGAGGCCUCUUUGUUCUCCUCACAUACUUCCCUGGAAGUCAGCGCGUGGAGAGGCAGGUGUUCGGACGCACUGCCCGCAAAGGAAACCCGGGGAUGGUGCAGAUGAUCCUGAAUCGCGACCGUCUAGCAGCGGUGUAUCAGGCCCAGUCGGCCGAAACCAUGAGGCAGCUCAGGGAGGAGCAUGAAGUGAGCCGGUUAGCCAGCAUGGAAAGAGAUGAGCUGUUUGAAAUUGACUUGAAGGAAACAUUGUUUUCUAGAUUUUGUGAAUUCCUUGCCGACUUUGACAAAAAUUUCACACAUGACGAGAGACGAGACCUCACACAAAUAAAAGUGAAGGACAUCCCCAAGUGCUUUAAGAGCCACUGCAGCAAGUUUGACUAUCAGACUGCACUGAACGCUCUAAAAGAGUCGUGGGCUUUGUGGCUCAUCUUCCAUGAAGGGCACAUCAGCCGGCAUGAGGACAUCGCUAUGCUGAGCAAAAACCUCAUCAGACACUUGGAGGAAACUGCAAAUGAUGUCCUGCACGGCAGAAGCAACAACUUCUAUGACUACAUUCGACAGGCAAAAAGCAGAACCGACUUGUACUGCAUUGACAAACACCAAUGUGACUACGGAGCAAUAACAUACUGGAAGAGCGCUGCAAAGCGUGAUCCUUUCUACAGCGCCGUGGCUCUUUAUAACCAAGCGUACAUCACCAUGAACCUCACAAAGAAAGACUACAAAGCUGAGGCUAAAAGAUUACUGGAGGAGGUCAAGACUGCAGUGGACGUCUUUCUGUCAGAAUCUACCAACACUAUGAUGUUCUGCAACCUGUCAGUGACCAGCGACUUUGAACCGCACCACAAAAACAGCAACCUGCAGGCACAAAUGACCGCCAGGAUGAACAUCUUCAAAGCCUGGAAGGGAUACAUUGAAAAUGCAGUGGCAGUUCUCAAAAAGCUUGAAAGCGACAAAACGGAGGCAGUCGUUGAGGAGACUAGCGUUUACAACCUUUCAAAAAACAAGGAUCCCAUCACAACUCAUGAGCUGUUGGUCCUCUACGAGUACGGCCUCGGCAUCGUGUUUGAGGUCAAAAAGAAGCCAGAGUUCUCCUACGAUGCGCUAGCAUGUUUCCUUCUGGGCGUGUUUCAGGUAGCAGCAGGCGUUCUUGUUUGUGCUCUUUCCGGCGGCAUCGCCAGCCAGUUUGGACUUGGACUGAUAAGUGAGGGUGUGUCCGACAUGAUUCAAGGGAUCAAAGGCAUGAUACAGGGAACCUUCGACUGGGCCGAGUGGGCCAUCGCGAAAGCCAUCAGCAUCGGGGUGUCGCUGGUCUUCGGUGGACUCAGCCGACUCAGGAACGCUGCGAGUGUGGUGCGUAGUGGGGCCAAGGGUCUGAUGGCCGGUGCAAAGUGCAGCUCCUUCACGGUGAAACAGUGUUUGAAACAUGCAGGCAAGUACGCUGUUCAGGAGCUGGGGAAGCAGGGAUGCAUGACUGCUGUGGGCUAUGCUAUCGACAAGGGACUGAACGCUGUGUUCCAAAAAGCUCUCCAUGAUCACUUCAAGAAGAAGACGACUUCCCUGAUUAAAGCAAACAGAAGCCUGGACAACGCCCUGAAUGAUCUGGUUUGCUCCGGAGUGCCAAAGACUGCCAUGAAAAAUGGGAUGACCGACUACAGAAUUGUUGAGGACUGUGAGGAAUCUAUGCAUCAGUCAGUGAACAUGUUGACCAGCAGCGUCAUUCCUGACCUGAUGAUGGACUGCACCACAGUCACGAAGGCUCUCAACACACUUUCAGAGGUGUGCGGUACUGUAACACAGCACAUACACAGCGAGAAGGCUUCCGGGAGAAUGCAGUAUGUGAUGAAGGGUUUGGAAAUUGCUAAAUAUGUUACAAUGUCAGUACAAAUACUGCAGUCAUACCCCACAGAGAAGGUCAUCAAUGACUCCUUCGUCCCUAAGUUUUUGGAAAGCAUGAAACCAUUGACACAGGAGAAGUACGACCACGACGGACGGCACAAGCUGCCGAACGUGAAGCGCUUGAAAGAGGAGCUCUUCGAAGCCAUUGCAGAGAGUGUUUCCAGGGAAUUUAUCAGUGCCUGUUCCAGACACAUGACCGCCCUCAUGAACAAAGCCUGCAUGGCUAAAGUGACCCUUGUCGCCGGCAGCGCCGUCAGCAACCUUAUCGGCAGGACCAACACCCAGAGCUUCUUCACCAACCAGGUGUACAAGCACGAUGUGAGACAGACCUUCCAGAGUCGCUGCCAGUACUUGCCCGAAGAAGAGAGGAGGGACUUGCAGUGUUACAUCGACGACAUCUGCGACGUCAACCAUCCAGCCACGGCAGUGGACAUCCACGUCCUCACCCAGAGCGAAGCCCUGCAGGGCAAAGGCAUCAAGCUGAUCGUGGUGGGCAAAGACGGGAAGAAGCUCUCCCAGGAUUACUAUCCGGGGACGGACCAGUCGGCCGGAGAUGUUAUCCUGCAGCUGAGGAAGGAGCCGGAAAAUUCCCAGCGGUCAGAGGGAUUUUUCUCAGAGAUGACCAAAAGGAUCCGUGGAGAGCAGAGUCCGUCCACCGGACACUUUGAGAUUGUGCGACCGGACGGUUCUGUUGAGCCAGUGUACUCCGAGGGUCACAACUGCCUGUAUCAUGCUGUCGCCCAGGCAACCAGCACAAACCCCAAUACCAGAGAAGAGGCGGCGAUCCUUCGCCACCAAGUCAGACAGAUGCUUCUGCUUGAUGUGGACCGAUAUGCUCCGGUCCUGAAGCUGCAGAGAGGAUAUGAAUCAUCGUACACUUCAUCUGGAAAAUACUUAAUCAUCGGAGGCUGCAGGAAGACCCGAAAGGAGAGCAAAGACCGGUAUAAAGAGCACCUGAACACGACGCCGCAGGACGAUUUAACCGAGAACGAUGCAUCUGUGAUCAAAACCUACAAGCUGGGAAUGGUCGGGACGUACAACGAUAUAAAAGAUUUGAGGAAGGAGAACGGAUCUGCCAACGUCAGACGGGACAACAACAACAACAGCUCUCCGGUGAACGCCGACCACAUCCCGCCCAUCAACACCUUCAAAAGGGCCUCACAGAUGUUGCAGGACCUGGACCCCAGCGCCAGACAGGAACUCCAGCAGAAGAAUCCCAAGCUCUACCAGAUGAUGGACGGCAAAGGAACCCACGGGCUCUGCAGAGAGGUUCUCACUCCACAUCACCAGCUCGCCCUGACCACCGGCAACGGAGACGACGCUCACCUGAUCAGGCAGACGCUGGCUGAGAAGUUUGUUCAAGGAGAUGUGGUCAAAGGGAUGAAGAUGUCGCUGAUGGCGUCCAAUCCAGAGAUUUCCCAGAGACUGAUCAGGGAUGCAGCUGAUUGUAAAAAGCAUUUUGAAAUGCUACGGAGGAACUACCGCUACAGUCAACCCAACAUGGCGGAUCAGGCGGAGGCCAUGAAAUCUUCUGCCCAGAGUCACCAGAGAAGAAAGAGGCUGCUGGAUGCCAGGGAGACAGUCCUUGCUCCAGAUGAAGAGGACUUCUGGAAGGGCAUCACAACUGACAUGAUGUCAGAUGAAGAGGACGGCAGCGUUGACGGGGUGUGUGGAUGGAUAGUGUGGCUUCCAUCCUUCCACAGCCAGGAGCUAGCCAACCUGCCGCACUACAGACUGGAGGCUGAUGUGAGGAGUGGACAGCCGUCUGAUAGAGUGAAGCCACAUAAGUAUGACACAGCAGCAGCAAAGAGACAUUUUAAGCCAGAGCUGAUGCCUGAGACCAGCUCAGUGUGAGAGACCAACUUGCUC